AUGAAUCGCCAUGCUGAUGAGAAUGAACGGUCUAUUGAAGAGAUAUCUGCUCUUCUAUAUGGUCCUACUGCUGAGAGUUUGGUGGUUGCUAAAGUUGAGAAAGCUGAUAAAGGAUCUAGGGGUAAUGAGAUAGUCGCCAAGGAGGUUGAAAAGAAAGAUGGAUCAAGAGUUUCUCUUCCUCUUUAUAGUCCUCCACUUCCAUUUACACAAAGGGUUCUUACAAAAUCUAAAAAGAAAGUGCUCUCAAGUUUCAAAGCUAAUAUGAGUAGAGUUGGAGCACCUUUGCCUUAUGUGGAUAGCUUGUCUCAAGUUCCUCUCCAUAUAGAAUUCAUCAAAGCUAUUCUAGCAAACAGAGAGAAGGUGGAAGAAAUCAUGGAAAUCUUUGAUUCACCAAGUGAACAACAACCCAGCCUAAAAACACUUUCCAAGCUUGAAGAUCCAGGCAGAUUUACUAUACGUUGCUCACUUGGUGUUUUACAACUUGAUGAUGCCUUAUGUGAUUUAGGAGCAAGUGUUAAUGUAAUGUCACUUGAGAUGGUAAAGAGUCUCGGGAUCAAAGACAUGAAGCAGCCCUCUUCUUCCAUCAUGUUUGGAGAUGCUUCCUCAAAAUCUCCACUUGGUUUGAUUGAGAACUAUCCACUCAAGGUUGGUGAUUGCACAGUUCCAACAGACUUCAUGAAAGUAACUCUUCGUCAAGUGAAUCCCAACACAUCCUAUCCUAUCAAACCUUCCUCUACAAUGUUUUGUGGAACAAUCAAUAGUGAAGAUGUGACAACUAAAGAAGAGCAUAGAGACUUGAAUAAUCAACAUCAAGAGCUCCAAGUUGAUACAAUAGGGAUUAAUGAGACUACAAAGCUUGAUGAGGACAUCUUGGAUGGUGAGUGUUUAGACUCUUUAUUUGAUGACCUCAAAGGAGAUUCUAGAGAAGGGGAAUUGGGUCAAGCAAGUAAAGUUGUUGACAAGAAGAAGAGGAAAAAGAAACAAAUCCACCCUCCCACCAUUGUUUCAUCUCCUAUGACUUUGUGUUUGCAUCCCUUGGGGCUUGUUGAUGGAGCAAUAGAGUACAAAGUGACGCACAAAGGUCCUUCUUCACCAUUUGCAAGUGUCAAAGUCAGGCUAGAUCCCAAGUAUCAAUAUGACAAAGAUAAGCUUCAUGACCUUCUCUCAAGUGUCCUCACUAUCAACCUCCACUCUCUUUCCACCAAUUCAACAUGA